GUCUAAAGGAUUCACAAUUGAUUGAGAAACGACAUUGGUACUAAACUAUAGCAGUUAUUCUUCAAUCGUUGGAAAGAAGAAGCCAAUGCUGUUGAUUUCAGUGGUGGCUUGCUUCGAACUGUGAAUGUCGACAAGCAAAACCUCAUCCUCGGAUAUCGAAAUGGAAAAACAAAGAGAUGACAGAUCAACCUUUGGAUCUUAUUAUGCACCUGAUUAUGAUUUCGAAUCAACCUUCCAUUGGCUAUGUGGUGAAAGAUACUAUUUACAAGGUUCUCACCAAGGCUUUAUCGACUUAUUUAUGUAUAAGGAUGGCAAAGAUGAAAAUUUUAUUCAGCGAGAAUCAGGGGAGUUGAUUAAAAUAGCAAAACUUGCCUUGGCGAAAGGAGAAUUGGAAAUUGCGGAAAAGACUUUGGUCGAGACCAUGCGCUCAGUUAUGUUGGAUGACUCUAGUAAUAAGAGGAACUCAGAGUCAUUUCUCUACUUAGCUGAAAUCUUAGAGCGAAGGUCUGAACACAAGGAUUUAGAAUUGGCCAAAAAACAACAGUUACUCCUUCAGGCUGCAGCAAUGUACAAUUAUGUUUGCAAUUGUUUAAAAACGGUGGUAGGAAGUAACGAGGUAGAAAGCGAAAUUUUCAAAGAAGUGGAAAAACAAUCGGAAAUCGCCUCUCGUAGGCUAUUGGUUAUCCAAGACAACAUGAUAAGUAGCGUCGGUGGGAAUCCUGAUCGCUGUAGAUUUGACUCGGAACUUAAAAGGAAUGAGCUGAAAAAUUUAAGAAACGAAGUAAAGAAAUCGUUGGAGUCUGUGGAUUUUCUUAGGAAUCAAGAAUCAUUGAGCAAAAUUGAUGUGCAACGCUUGCUUAAGAUGCAAACGGAAGAAAUCAGAAAGUUAUCUGUUACAUUUUCAGCUAGUAUGAAGCAGUUCUUGGUAGCGAUAAUCAACGAAUGUUUGGAGUUACUUGGGUCAACACCUUGUGAUUAUGAAGUCAUUGUUUUUGGUUCUUUAGCCAGGAAUGAAAUGACGCCGUACUCCGAUUUCGAAUGGGCUAUUCUCAUAAACUCUGAAGAAGAAGAAUGCAAAGUUUUCUUUCGAAAUUUAACAAAUUUGGUCCACUUGCAAAUUAUUAACCUCGGCGAAACUAUUUUACCAAGCAUGAACAUAGAAGCACUGGUUGGGGGAUGGUUUUACGAUGAUAUAACACCAAAAGGCAUUUCAUUUGACGGCUUUCUUCCACGAGCAUGCAAGACACCUUUAGGAAACAUGCUGGAUUUUGAGCUAAUUCAUACGCCUGAGGUAAUGGCAAACUUCCAGAACAACGACUGGCAUCAAAGAAAUUGGACUUUAGCAGACACCUUGCUCACUUUCUCCCCUCUGCAAUCGAAUAAACAUGUGCUGACUGAUGCUUAUAGAAAGGCGGUGGCUAAAAUAUUGUCUGAACCUUGUGAUUCGGAAUUUUGUGAUCACACUGCUUCGUGUUCAUGGCCGACACGAGGAACCUGCAGAGGGUUAACUACUCUCAAUGAAGAUUUGUCUUGUUAUGGAGAUGGGAUGAUGGGCAAAUACGACUUGGAUGAUGGAAAAUAUUAUGAUGUCAAAAAAGAAAUUUAUCGCUUAGUAGAUCGCGUGUUUGCUGCGUUAGCAAAAUGCUAUGGUGUUGAUGACAGCGGAACGUUUGCCAUUCUUGAUGAACUGUGUACGAGGGAAAUAAUUUCACCAGAAGCAAGAGAUAACUUCGCAAGCGCUUCGGCCAUUGCCGUCAAGCUAAGAUUAACCACUUGCCUUAAUGCUGGAAAACAAGGAGAGAAACUGGUGACAAGCUCAACCGAAGAAACCGGGAAAUUGACGUCUUUUUUUCACAUGCCGAAGGAUGAAGAAUUGUUUCACUUCUUCUUUGUCGCUAUCCCUUUGUACGAGGAGUUACUGCAGCGAUUCAAGACAGCGGACAAUAUUCCGCAGUCGCUUUCGAACCGUUCAUUCUUUGACGAUUCCGAGGCCACUAUGGGUCAUGUACAUUGUCGCUUGUUAAACUACAGUGUCGCCCUUGAAUGCUACGAACGUGCCCUUCAACGGUAUCCAGAAAAUCUGAGUAUUCAAAUCCGUCGAAUAAGAGUUGCUCAUUAUAUUACAAAAAACGUGGAAAAUGCGGGAGAAACUCGUAAAAAUUUAGAUACCGUUUUGUCGAUGAUUACCGAAAGUUUGAAUUUGCCGUCGGGUGGCGAUAACAAUGUGAAGCCUGCAAUGGAGGAAACAAUGUCGUUCUUCAAUCUUUUGGAAGUGGAAGAUUGUCGACAAUUGCUGGAGGUCUUGCUGUUUGCUUCCCAGAUUUACGGUUGUCGAAAAUAUUUCUCGUUGGCAGAAAAAAUCCAGGCCCAGUGUUUGACAGCACAGAAAGACAAGCGCAGUUCUGCCCAACAGCUCAUGAUUAAAUUCGCGUUUUUGAAUUUUCACACCGAGAGUUUUGUUCAACAAUACAAAAUUGACGUUGUGGAAUCCGAAUUGAUUUCUUUCAUUGACGCCGAGGGGGUAAGCACUAGAAGUAUUGUUUGGUUAAACAAACUUGGAGAGUUUCUGUUUAAUCAGGGUAAAUAUAACAAUGCUUAUCGUUGUUUUCAAAGAGCUCUGAGUAUGGAGCGCUACCUUUACGGAACCAAUCCGAAUGGAAACAUGAUGAUAACGUUGCAUUUUCUUGGAAUGGUCUCCAUGUACUUGUUCAUGUACAUGGAGAGCAAAUUCUACUUCAAAUUGUUGUUACAAUUGUUCGAGUUAUUUGGCGGACCUAUAACUAAAUUAACGGUCAAGAAUACUUAUCUGCAGUUGGCGUUGUUGAGUGCUGCAAUGGGGUGUCCUCUUGAGGAAACAGUUUACUACCUUAAAAAUGGUUUAAAGGUAACAACUAAUAGCAAAAAUGAUACUGAAUUAACUUUAAACUGUGUCAUAUACUGCCAAUUAUCCACAACAUGGCAUCUGCAACAAAACCUAGAUCAAGCUUUGAGGUCUGUUUUUGAUGGAGAAACCUGCCUGAAGGAUAUUGUUGGAGCACAAGCCAGAGUAGCAAUGACUUGUCUGCUCGCUAUGACGUUGGAUAAAAUAACAAAGACGAACGAAGGAAUUGUGAUAUUAAAGAAAGAAAUCCAAGAACUCAAUUUGCAGUCUCAAAUGAAUCAAAAAGCUUUUUGUAUGAUGAGUCUCGCUAAGCUUUUUGCCGGACAAUGUCUAGCGCCAGAUGCUGAGAAAUAUUACAAACAGGCGUUGGAUAUUCUGGUGAAUACCAAGGAGGAUAAACAUAUUUUUGAUAUCUUAGGUUGCCUUAUCGGCAUUUCAGGAGUCAUCGUUAUGGACGGCAGAUCAACUGAAUCAAAAAUAUUCUUGGAUCAAGCUUUCAAUUUAGCCAAAAAAUUGCCUGGGAGUAAGAAAAAAGUUUCUAUCCUCGAAGAGAUUGGAAAGUUGUGUGAAAGCAUUUACGAAGUCAAUCGUGCAUUACAAUGCUACGAAGAAGCCCUAAGAACAUGCAAAGAAUCGCACAUCGCUAAAAUUCUUCCAUUUGCGGAGUUUAAUUUGGAAGUUAAGCUUGGGGAGAUGGCGGGCAGAGAUGGGGUAAAUAACCCGAUCCACACUGAAAUUGAAGUGCCUUUAGAACAACGCAUACAGGCUCAGCGAACUCAUUAUGAUCGCGCAGCUGAUGUUUUACGGAAACAUGUCACGACUGGACAAGUCGACUCAACAACUGUUACGCUCUUUUUAUUUUUGGCUUCGAAAUUCACGUUAAUCAACUUAGGUAACAAGAUAGAGCUGUUGCUGGAAGCUUUGAGAAUCAGCGAAAUUGUUUAUGGAACUAAUACUCCUCAUGAGAUGGUAACCACCAUACUUGGACAACUUUCUGACACGUACUGGAUGGCAGGAGAUAAACCAGCGGCUACCAGGUAUAGAGAGCUGCAGUUAAAAAUGGAACUUAAGCUGCACUUAUCAGAUCCAUUUCAUCAACAUGUCUCCCACAAUUUGACAAGUUUGUCUUUGUGUUUCCUGGAAACUCCAGGUGGCGAUGAUGCUAUCCAAGAUGCAUACGAAUCGCUAAUGUUAGCACAGCAAGGCAAGGGGUUAGAAAACACUGCCUACGAAGCAACUGCUGCCAGGUGUUUCACUUCUCUAAGCGUAUUGUUCUAUUCGUUAAAUGAUAUUGAAAAAGCCGAGGCCUUAAAUGAAAUGGCAAGUCAGCUUUUUUGUCGAAUUCAAGAGAGUGGUAAAAGUGAAGAUCUACUUAGUAGUAAAACAUGCGAUAUCAUGAGAAAGAUAUUAAUAGAUUCACAAAUGACACAGACGGUUUCAUCAACAAACAAAAGAGAACUUUUCGUGUCUAUUUUAGAAGUAUUUUCUACUGAUAAUGGUAUUGCGAAGGUGGACGAAGAACUUCUAAAAAAAGCAAUGGUACUGCGUCAAUAUGGGGGCUUUGAAAAUAGCCAAUCGACCAAUCACAAAAGCCUCCGACAAGAAACCAGUUGUAAAGACCAUACAACAACUUCGACAGACUCCAAAUGUGAUCUUGAAAAUUUAAACUCGCACGCUCCCUCAUCAUUACCAAGUUCCGAUAGUCUGAAUCCCGGCGCGAACAUGUCCACGGAUUCUAAUGUCGAUGACUCGUUGACACAAAGUUUGUCCCAACUUCGUUUCCCGUUAAAAUUGCAAUCAUUACCUGAUGUUUUAGUAAAUCCAGAAUCAAUAAAAUCCACAAUGGAAUAUUUUGAUGGGAAAGCAGAGGAAAUUGAGUCGAAACUACCUGUAUUGGUUACUCUAUCAGAUUCUGUCGAGUAUAAUCGAAAGAUAGGUAAUGAUCAACAGGUUGCAAAAAUAGAUUCUUCUAUUCAAUCACAAAUAUUGUCUUUGUACGAAAACUGCGCUUUCGAUGGAGGGGAAAAGUUGAUCAGUGAUGCGGUUAAAGCGAAAGAAAGUAAUAAUGCUUUUAAUGCCGUUAAGUUUUUGGAUCUAGCCAUGCAGCUGCCAUCCAAAUGGAAAAGAAAGUCCCAAAUUUUAAAAUUACGUGGUGAAUGUUUUUUGUCGAUGGGCUACUAUCGAACAGCAGCAGUUAGUUUUACCGAAGCCUUCAACCUUUAUUCAAGCGAAACAGUCACUGUGGAAAAGCGCGAUGAGCUGUGUGAAUGUUUAGCAGUAUUGAUUGGUUUGAUAAAGAGUGAGAUGCUCUGCAAGAAUGUGAAGGCAGCAUGGCUGUUUUGUCGAGAUGGGAUAAAUCUGGUGUCCGGGCACGAACUUACAGAAACCAUACAAGCAGUAGAGUUAUUUUAUCUCGGAGCAAGAUGCGUGAGUAUUUUAUCAGAAAGCGAAGGAUGUGAUGACGUUAAGCUUUCCCAUGCUUCUUCUUUGUGUAAACAAGCUCUUACUUGCAGCCAGAAUAUUGCUGAGAAAACAAACGCUGCUGGCGACUUGCUAGAAGAACUUGGUAGCUCGGAACAUGGGAAACGUUUUGCUCUGAAAUGUGAAGUACAACUGCUCUUGGCAGCUGUUCUCCAAAAGUUAGGAAAAGAAGAACAAACAAAACCAAUUUUAGACGAAAUGAAGGAAUUUUUGAUAAAUAUCGCUGUCGUAUUUGAAUCAUCCGAUGAAUCUUCUAUUGGUGGGAGCGACGCCGAAUUUCUAAAAAUAUCUCGUCGUUUAUAUUCAUGGAUUGGUCGAGUGUUAGUUAUGUGUAACGACAUGAUUUUAUCUAUCACUUGGCUCUCCAAGUCUCUCUUAGCAUUUUUCUCCCCACCACUUCCCGAUAUGUUGUCGGUUUAUGAAGAAUUGCUGCCUUUGCUGCAGGCUCUCAGUGAUAUCAAAGCAAGUAGCGGUCAUGAAACUCAUUCUCCGUUCCAACAAGCAAUUGAUAUGUGCAAAGACGUGUCAGCAAAGCAUGGUAGGGACUUAAACACGAUCUACACAGUUUUGAAAGACUUGGCGAAUGUUUAUACGGAUCUGGGGCGCACAAAAGAAGCGAUUACUGUAGCAGAAGCUGGUUUAACAAUUAGCGAUUUGAUGUGGGGUAUUAAUGCCAGUGAUCGAAUGAAUAAUCGCUGCAGAAUGCUAUUGUACCUGGCCCAAAGUCACCACCUAAAUUCAACUGACACGCCUUUUGACAGAGAUAAAGAAUUACAUCUUGCAGAAGAGUAUUACCUAAUCGAUCAUGAUUCAACAGGAGAUUUUGCAAUUCGCAAGAAUCUGAGCUACGCUAACUUUCUACUUGACCAAAAGCGUUUUGCGGAGGCGGAUGCUGUGCUUAUGAAAAUUGAAUCCUUGGGCGAACAAGUGUGGCAAAAGUUCGUGUUUUGCUCGUAUUCCUCGCGUGUGUUUUAUGGUGCGGGUGUGCAGAAAAGUGUCGAAGAUCAUGGCGAAUUACUCGCAACUAUUGGAGACAUUAUGUACUGCACAAAGGUUCGAGUGCUUGUCGGGAUGGGAAGAAAGAGAGAAGCAGUUGCUGCGUGCGACACCCUAACAGCUAAAUCAGCACUUUCUUUUCGCAACAUAAUCGGGAAACGUCCUUCCUGUACACCAUACCUUAUCGAGGCCUGUCAUCGCGAGUUGUUGACUCUUGUGAUUGAUGAAGAAAGAAAGCUAUUCCAGAGAUGUGAGUUUCCGUUAUCCGAAAAUGAUCUUGCUAAAUUGUAUUGUUGCCUUAACGAAUACUCUUUGGCAUUGAAACACUGCCCGAACGAAGUAGAAUCACCUGAUAUGAUAGAAAUGAAAAUAACAUGCUUUCACAAGGUUGGCAAUGAGUUGGUGGAAAUGAAUAGAGGAAAUGAAUCGUACUCGUAUUUUACAUCAUUUCUUGCAAUGCUUCAAAGGAAGGAGGCAUUUCUUGACAACCCUUUUCCUAUGGAAUGCGAAACUCUUAGCAAAUAUUGUUUCACAAAUCAGUAUUAUGUUUUCCAUUCGUUGGGGAAAAUGCAUUGCGAAAGAGGGAACCUUGAUGCUGCAAUUCAUUGUUAUGAACGAUGUCUCGAACUAGAUGAAGAUUUAAGAUGCGGUCAAGACAUUAUAGCAACCUUGGCAGUCCUUUAUCAGACGAAAGCGUUAACGGUUGACAUGAAAAACCAAGAUUCGUUUAAAGAAUGUAUGAAUCUUGCACUAAAUUUGUUCCAGAAGCUACUGCAGAAAAAUACCGAAUUGACAGCGUUCGUGGAAUGGGCAUUUGCGUCUCUUUUUUCCAGACUAGAGCGUUAUACUGAAGCCAUUGAACAUUUUGAAAAUAUUCUGAGGAAAAAAAAAGAUGAGGGAUUAGUUUCAUUUGCGAAAGAGCACAAACCAUUGUUAGACUUCUACCUUCGUCGAGAAUUGGAUGCGAGUAUCAGAAUUAACAUUACGAUCCCAACCAAAGUCCUUGCUUUCUAUGAAUUAAUAUUGGUCCAUAUGAAAUUGAAUGAAGUGGAAACAGCCCAGACUGUUGCGCUUCAAUUUGAGAAUUAUGUUGAACGUUUCCGGUCAACGCCAUCUUAUCCCUUGGCUUUGGCUGUUGUUGGAUAUGCAUACCAACAAAUUGAAGACAAAGAAAAAGCCGCAGAGGUAUUUGUUUCAGUAUUGGAAAUCAUUCCGGGACAUUUACCUGUUUCAGAAGCACUGGAACGCUGCUGUUUGUAACUUUGAACAUACAUCUGUUUGAAUGUGUUCCAACACCAUGAUUUUAUACACAUGCACAGAAUGUCAUUAGGGCUAGGCUAGAAUGCAUUAAUUGAUGCUCAUUUAAACGAAAACGAAUCUAUAAAUAGUAUCCAUACUGCCUUUCACAGAAUAUAGCUAUAUACGAAUUGGGCGAUGUUAGUUAAACAAAACACGUUUUGUCUUUAUUAUUUACUGACACACAAGUCAACAAAUGCAUACUAAAAUAUGCGGUAAACUAAGUUCUUUCGAUUUAUUCACAACUUUUUCAAAUAUGACAAAUAUAAGGUUUAGACUUUUACGUGUGUGUUUUAUGGGUAAGUGGUAAGCAGCUCUUACCCUUUCUAAGGUCCGUGAACGUUCGCAUAGUUAUAUAAUUAAGCCAUACAAGAAACCUCUUUUCUUGGUUAGAGAUUAAGCAUGCAUCGAAAUUUAAACUAGUUAAUAUAUCUGUAAAUCGAUCUGUUGAUAUGAACAUCUGUGAUGGGAUUCUAUCGUGCAUUCAUUUCUCUGAAGUACUUCAAGAUGUUUUCAGUUAGGCGUGGGCAUCCCAAAAUUUACCACAGUCUGUAAUAAUACUCUUUAACAGAAAAUUUCAUUUUAGUGAAUUGUGACCUUUCAUUUUGCGUACUUUAUGAGACUAAUUCUGUGAAAUAAUAUGACUAAACGAACAUGCUUUGAUGACUCGGAAUCAGUUACAAAUUCUUCCAACACAGUGAAACAUAUAAAAAUGAUAAAAUCAUUCGCGGUCCUCUGUUGUGGCUUGAUGUUUCAACCUAUAUUACCGAUCAAAAUGUUUCAGAUUUACAUUUUAAUUUACCCAAUAACCAAAAUUGUGUGUCUUAGAAAAUUUCAAAUGCUGGGGAUACUCACCAUGCAUGCACGGUGGCACAUAUAGUAGGUGUUCGACUGUUCGUCCCAACAAUUAUCACACUCUUAUGUUUCUGCUCGUUCAAAAAAGGUCUGGAUCAACGCCAUACGAUUAAGCAGGUUUAUCUGUGAUUUAUCAAAGCCGUAAAUUUGCCGACGUUCUCGAUAAUUUAUUUUAGAAAACAAAGCUUAAAUGUUAAAAUCUGUUUAUACUUGCACUAAUGCGUCUCUUACGCGUUUCCGCUAGCUGUCAACAUAGGCGUGUGAAUGCAAGAGUUCAUUAUACGAGAGGGUUGAUCCUUUUGUUGGAGUUAAACUAUAUCCUAAUAAGAUAAUCACACAUUUACUGAUAUUUUUCAGUCAGACCUCAAUUUAGCUAGAUCAAAUUUUAAAUAUAUAAUUAGUGAUUUAAUGUACACAUGCACAUUAAUAUAAAUCAGUUAAGUCCUCUCUGUAACGUUGGAGACUGAUCGACUCCAUUAAUUUUGUUUAGACUGUCGAUUAUCUUCAUCCCGUACUUGAUCACAGCAGUAUUCAUAUCUUUACAUAUACAUAAGUGGUUCGCCGUCAUUUCUUAACCUAAUUUGAAAAACAAACUCUGGAAGACCCGGUUAAUUAAACAUGCAUUAUUAUUAUUAUUAUUAUUAAAACAGUGUGUAUUAAAAUAGGUUAUCUAGAAUUUUUCUGACAAUAACGAAGAUCACAUACGCCCGCAAUAUAAAAGUCUAAAACCUUUGUAGUCUUUGGAAGUGCGGUUUACUUCAACUACAACUAGAGAAACAAAUCACAAAGCCCUAAAGCCAUCAGGGUUGUGUGUACUACUUCCGAGUCAAGGUUGGUGACAUCCACGCAAUAUUUCCCACGAUGAAAGUUGCGAUCUGAUAAAAAUCUAGAUACUGAUCAAUCAUGUAAUAUCUUCGUAAGCGUUCUCUCUUGACCAUCCUAAGACAAGAGGAUCUACAAUGAUUCUAGUACAAUCAUGUCUUUCAGAAACGUAUUGACAAACAACUUCAAGACAAUGUAGAGCUAUGCAUGCAGGUCAGUUAAAUUAACACAACUGCAUCCUUAACCGCAAUACAAUUAGUUAUACAUAUUGUAAUGAUAAGAAAGAGAGAAUGUA